AUUUGCUAAGAAAACGAUGUUUUUAAAGGGAAACCAAGGUUGAUGAGGUCUGCUGUGGGCACAGCAGGUGGAAGGUUGUUGCUAGUUGCUGGGUGCCGUGGAGCAGAGGAGCUGUGCCACUCCCCCGUUCGUCCUCUCAUGCCCCCUCUGUGUCCGUUUCCCAGUGUAUCGGUGACCCCACGCCCCCACCCAACCCCUACCUGAUCCAUCCUGUCGUGUUGCCACCCUAGCCCUAAGCCACCUUCUCACCCCAUGCUUGGGACAAAGCCAGCUCACUGCCAGCCCAAUGACUGCCUGGAUCGUCCUGCCUGUCAGCUUGGCUGCCUUCUGCAUCACGGGAAUAUGGAUAGUAUAUGCUAUGGCUGUGAUGAAUCACCAUGUUUGUCCUGUGGAGAACUGGUCUUACAAUGUAACAUGCGCAGAGGACUUGCCCCGACCAGGCUUCCCCAAGACUUGUUGCACCAUACAGGACAUCCCCCUAAUCAGUAAAUGUGGUUCUUACCCUCCUGAAAGCUGCCUAUUCAGCCUGAUUGGCAACGUUGGAGCCUUUAUGGUGGUGAUGGUGUGCUUUCUACGCUACGCCCAGGUGAUUGAACACAGCCACCAGUCUUGGGUCAACACCAGUGCGCUGGUGUCUGGCUGCACAAAUGCCGUCGGUCUGGUCAUGGUUGGCAACUUCCAGGUUGAUCACGCCAAAUCCCUCCAUUAUAUCGGUGCUGGUGUUGCGUUCCCUGCAGGGUUGCUGUUUGUAUGCUUGCAGUGUGUGCUCACCUACCGAGUGGCUGUGACCACCCUGGACUACUGGAUGGCUCAUUUCCGGGUGGCUCUGGCGCUGGGAGCCAUGGUCUCCCUCGUCCUCAGCGGCAUCUUCUUCAUACACGAAAGCUUCAUCCUUCAGCACGCAGCCGCCAUUUGCGAGUGGGUCUUCACUGUGGACAUCUUAGUCUUCUAUGGUACCUUCACCUAUGAGUUUGGCACUGUCACCACUGAGACCAUGAUGGCAGGCCUGCAGCAGAGUCAGCAUGGCUCAGGGGUCAUCAUGGACCCCAUGUCCAGGGCGUCGACACUGGGGGGGGCAACCAAGGGUCUAAAGUCCCCUGGGGGCAGCAGCACGUCCACACAUCUCAACUGUACCCCAGAGAGCAUAGCUAUGUUGUAGCUCUGUCUAAAAGGUCAUUGGAGAGUUGCUCCAUGGGCAACAAGAGAGCAAAUUCUUAUAACUCCAACCUCAACACCAGGUAUUUCCACUGAUAAUGCUCUAGAGUCUUUUUCUCCCUGGUUCUCACUACAGAUUAGGUUGAAUGUUUGGAGCCAGCUCGAAAACUGGAACCAUGAAUGUUUUCAAAGAUGGCGGUUGAUAAUGGCGACUCUGCACGGUGUUUGUCUCUAAAGUUCUUGAUCAAAAAGACAAAGUUCCUCCAACCCUCAAAGUUUCGCCGCCUCCUCUGACAUUCUUGUCCAAUGCUUUGCGCGGCCCACCUCUUUUGGCCUUUUGCUUCUCUGCACGGCACUGCUCCUGAAUGGAACAACACAAGUUUAUGUUUGGUUUUUGCAUCAGAAAAAUAGAAAAUACUGAAUGUUGAGAAGUGAAUAGCUAUAGUAUAUUUUACAGACUGUAAGUCUAAUUUAAUCAAUCAUUCAUUAAUAACUUGAAAGAUAUACAACCAUUGAAUUUAUCUGCUUUUAUUUGAUUGCACUUAUAAUUUAAAUGCAGAUAGUCUAUUUUAAGUUUUUUUUACAUGUCUAGGCUGGUCUCAAUCAUUCAUGUUGGCGCAAAACACUGGUUGGUCUUUUCUGUUAUCACUCACUUUCAGCUGAGAAUUGAGUAUUGCACUCUCUAUUAGUUUGGAUUUUUCAAUCCAAAGUCACAUGAAAUGUCAAAGUAAGAAUCAUCCAAUAGUUUACACUCCUCUGGAGUGAGUAAUGCCUUUCUCAGAGUGUUGGAGCUGAACACAGGACUCGUGAGUUUUAAAAGGUGAGACUGACAUUUCAAGUGGCCUAUAUGUAAUGAUAUAAAUGAGUGAAGGUAAAACUGUAAUCUGACUUUCGUAUUAACUGUAUAACAUAGUUCUUGUUCUAACACUGAUCGCAUUCCAGGCUGGAUCCCUGGAAGCCUUAUUUGAGUUAAAGAAAUGUCUUUUUUUAUGAAGUAUGGAGUCAUGUGAAGCCUUCUCAGAAGUUUUUCUUCACAGCAGAGGGGUGCACAGUGACUUACGAGAGUUGUCACAGCCCCCCAAACACUGGCAUAUUUAGUGAUGUUACAACCACUAACUUCAAUGUAAUUUAUCGAGAUUUUAUGGGAUAGGCCAACACAAUGUAGCACAAAACUGUGAAAUCCAAUGAAAAUCGGCUUUGUAAAUAGAGAUCUGAAAAGUGUGGCUUGAACAGACAGCAUCUGUAAACAGUCAUUUUCAAGUCUUGCCACAAAUUCUCAAUUGGCUUUAGGUCUGAACUUUGACUGGGCCAUUCUAACACAGAUGUGGCCAUUGUAGUCGUGGUUGAGACUCCAAGUCUUAAAUCGUUUCCAAUCUCUAACUCAGUUCUUCCAGUUUCUUUCCAUGUAUUUUGCUCAUUUCAAGUUGCCAUGAGCUCCGCUCAGCUUUGCUAUCCAUGCUAAAGAAAAACAUCCCCACCAUGAUGUUUCACCAUGAGAAUGGUGUUUUCAGGGUCAUGUGCAGUGUUAGUUUCUUCCACACACACAUGGCAUUUUUUUAUUUCUUUCAACAAAGAUUUUGUUCCUGCCAUACUUGCAUAAAAGCCAAAUUUGUAGUGCACAACUAAUAGUAGUUGUGUCAACUGAAUCAUCCAGCUGAGCUGUGGAUAUCGUUUGCUCCUCCAAAGUUACCAUGGGCCCCUUGGGAAUGUUGUCUAACAAACCUCUGAGGCGAUUGCAAUUCAAUAAUGGCACACAUCUGACGAAUCAGCACUAGCACCUAAGUUGCAGCCAGCAGUUUGAGAGUGACCUUUCUACUGUUCUUGUUGCUGAGAGCAGCCUAUGAUAAUUGAUCAUAAACUUUCUGAAAUAAUGUGGGAGACCCUUUUUACAUUUCAGAUCUAACAUGAAUUACAGAUCCAUUUUCCGCACAAAUCUUUUAAUAAAAUAUUCCAUAUUUUGUUCAGUGUUGAGCAUAUAAAUGAAAAAAAACAAACUUUUUUUGCUUAAUUAUUUAAAGAUCUAUUUUUGUUGGCCCAUGAGUAGUUUCAACUUUACAGUUUUUACCUGCACGCAGGAAGUGUGGACACCACUACUUUGAGGCCUUCACAGCAUCCAUACCCUGAUGAGAUGACACACAAGUGGACCUCUGAAGGCAAUUAAUUGAACUAGAUUUUAUUUAGGGGUAUCGGACGAGAUACAAAUCCAUGCUAUGCAUUAAUAAAAUACAUUGAAGGAUGUGGUUGUAACAUGGCAAAGGGUGAAUAAGUUCAAGGCUUAAGAAAACCUUUACAAGGUGUAAUGUUUUUUAGAAUUGGUGCUGUCACGACAGUGUUACAAUAAGACACUGCCACACGUUAUCGACUGACUUCAGAGUUUACUGUACUUGUGUUUUCCCCCUUUUAUCAGUUGCUGUAGCCAAUUUGUUAUUGAAGAAAACUACUGUUGUGAACUAGCCGGACAGCAGACUGCCACACAAUGCUCAGGAUCACCCUACGGAGGUUACGCUCAGAUGAAGGUUUUCAGCAAGCCAAUGAGCUGCUUCUCAGUGAGCUAGGUUUCAUAAAGCACACAUAUAACCUGCAUUUCUGUCCACUGUGUAGCGUUGAUAUAUUUUAUUUUGUCUAACACACAGGAUGCCAGCAAUACACAUUUUACACAUAAAAGGUCACAUCUCCUACCUCUUAUGUGGGUUUGAGGUGAAAGAUGAGCGCUGCAGCUUUUCAACUUGAAAGUAUUUUCUGUGGUCAGGGUUCAGGAAAUCACAGCUCUGUCCAAUAGUGUUUUUCACAAUGUGACAAGGGUUGGGUGAUGCUGUUACAUAAGCUGCAUGACUACAUGGACUUCUUAUUGCUUACUGUUCACAAAAAAAAGUUGAACAUGACGUUAUGGUUGGACUGCAGAAAACCAUGCCAAAAAAGACUGGAGUAUACAGUUUUCUUUCUGUUUGUGUUUGUGUGUCAGAAGCAGGGAUAUGAAAUGGUAUGAAGUGCACCGUUUCAGCCUUAUCCCUUGUACUUUGCCAAUGGACUUUUUUUUUUUUAACUUAUGUUCAGCUGUAGCCUGUUUUUGCCAUAUUGUAACCAGGUCAAUGUGCGACUCUUAACGGGAGCUUGUGUGAGCAGGGUUGAAACAGCUUCUGUACCAUUAAUACCAUUCUCAACAUGCCAAAUAUUCAAAUGAAAGGUGGAUAUUUUCUUUUUGUUCUUUAGGUCAUUGUGUACACUGUUAAAGGGUUUGUUUGUGUGGAGCCUUAUAUUUUAGAAGGCUGCAUGACUACGUCUUCAACACUCAAACCACAGAUCCAAAUGUCUAUAAAAUGUACUCUUCCCGUCUCCUGUAAAUUUGAAAAAGAUAUAAAUGAAGGCACCAGAGGAACCCCUGUAAGAAAGGUCAACAGAAAGUAUGUUUCCUUUUAUAAAUUCUGUAAAUAUGUAUGAUUUUUGUCUAUCAUUUAGGCCUUUUGUUUUGACAGAGAUUUAUAUUCAAAUAUGAAAUAAAAAGAAAUUAUUAUCAAA